UCACUGGUCUGGUCUGGUCGGAAUUGGUCUAGUUUAGUCUGGUAAAUGUUAGGUCUUUGUGUAUUUUACAAUUGUCAAAGUCUGGUAUAGUAUGGUCUGGUCUGAUCUGGUCGGAAUUGAUCUAGUCUGGUAUGGUAAAUGUCAUGUCUCUGUGUACUUUACAAUUGUCAAAGUCUGGUGUAGUAUGAUCUGAUCUAGCCUAAUCUGGUCUGAUCUGGUGUGGUUUGGCCUGGCCUGGGAGUGAUUUAAGUCAGGGCAAAAGCAUCCUAACUUAUGAAGCCUCGGAUUACUCCUCAAUCAGCUUGAUCUCUUAGGAUAAAAUUUCAAAUCUUAAUAACGAUUUUAAUAAAAUUAGAAAAUGAAAUUAAAAAUGAAAGAGUGGCAGCGACCGAACCCUAGCUAAACCCUUGGCCGCCGCCUCCAAAUUCUCACGCAGGUGGAUAGCAAUUAGAUUGGCGUGGCUUGGAAAAAGGGCGAACAACAAGUGGGAUUUUGUUUUGGUGGCAGAGCUUCGACCGUCACGAGGCAGAGAGCAAGGGACCGAUUUGGCACUUUGGCUUAGUUUUGAGGUAUUUUCGAUCUGUUUUCUUCCGCCUGAGCUUUAGUCUCUGGCCGAGUGUUGUACUAUGUUUCUUUGUAAACAUUGCUGCUGUGCAAGGGGCUCUUGGGAGCGGUAGUUUUGUUCUCCGAUUCAGUUUUGUUCAAGUUCGUUUGUAGCAGUCCGUGUGCUUCUGUUUCUGUCGUAGGGAAGUUCUUGUCAUUUGUUUGUUUUUUCACUUUAAUCAUGGAAAAGAUAGCGGAAGAAUAUGGUAGGAUAUCGAUUGCGGAAGAAGAAAACAGUGGUUUGGUGUUUGAGUCAGGGGCUCUCAAUGUCCAUAAAGGGGAAGAACAGAACCCGCGUUUCGUUGAUGUUGCUAGAGUCAUCAUGGAUAAACCUGUCUGUCCUGUCUCUUUUAGAGAAACAAUGGCCAUGAUUUGGCGUCCGAGCAGAGGGGUGAGUAUUGAGCAGAUAGGAGAUAUGAGUUUUAUGCUUCAAUUCUUUCAUGAGAGUGAUAUCUCAUGAGUUCUGGAGGAUGGGCCCUGGUCUUUUGAUCAGAAUCUGGUUGUUAUAAGUAAGGUGGGAGAGAGGGACACACCACUAGAGGUGGAGCUUAACCAUGCGGAAUUUUUGGUUCAAAUUCACAAUUUACCCCUCAGCUUUAUGACUGAGACAGUGGCAAUUGGAGUUGGCCGAUACUUGGGGAGACGGGUAAAGAUUGACGAAAGAAAUCUGAAAGGGAAAAGCAAGGAGUUUGUUCGAAUCUGUGUGUCAAUUGAUAUUAGGAAUGCCUUGAAGAGAAGAACUCAGUUAAGGGAGGACGGAGAUGGUUGGUUCUGGGCGUACUCCAAAUACGAGAGGCUUCCAAAUUUAUGCUUCAUAUGUGGGGUUCUAGGACACACCGAUAUAUAUUGUCCCUCGAACAACAAUGCAGGACCUUGGGUGGGAGAUAAACCGUAUGGCUCUUGGAUGAGGGCAGAUAUGCGUCGAGGGGGAACCCAUCCGGGAAAUAAAUGACUUGUACCGAAUUCGGGGCGCAAGGGGAAGAGUGUUAUGGAGGCAGAGGUAAGACAGAGUCAGCUGGUGGGAUGUUAGGAGAAGGGCGCUGGUGUGGGAUGUUAUUUGGUACAUGGCCUAAUCUCGCGAGGGAAAGAAAAAGAGGGGAGGGCGGAGGAACCACAACAGGACAGGAGUUUAGAGGAGGGCGAAUCCCGAAAGAGAAGAGCAAUGGACUUGUACCGAAUUCGGGAAAUAAAUGACUUGUACCGAAUUCGGGGCGCGAGGGGAAGAGUGCUAUGGAGGCAGAGGUAAGACAGAGUCAGCUGGUGGGAUGUUAGGAGAAGGGCGCUGGUGUGGGAUGUUAUUUGGUACAUGGCCUGAUCUUGCGAGGGAAAGAAAAAGAGGGGAGGGCGGAGGAACUACAACAGGACAAGAGUUUAGAUUAUCUUUGUGAAAGGUGGAAUUUAUGGUAUAAUAGUUUGCAUAGAUAAGAAAAUAACUUGGAAUAACAGGUCAUCAACCGGUCGGGGACCAGUGAAUGAAGAUGAGGUGCAAAGGUUGGAUUAUUCAUGAAUAAUGAAAAGGUCGGACUAUUAAAAGUAGACCACUAAAAGGUUCGAUUAUUAGUUUCCAUUUUCCCUAAAAAAAAUAUUUUUCGAUCAAUCUGAGGUGAUCACAAUGGGGCAUGUGUGGAGAUGGGAAGGUGUAGGCAUUGGAGAGAGCAUAUAUUUAAAUUAGUUAAGCAAAAAAUUAGUCACGUUUAAAAAGAGGGUCACAUUUUUUGAAAAAACAUAAAGGUGGAGUUUAAGUCAUUUUUUCACAUUUUAAGGGGAAAAGGCCUUAAAUAAGACUAAAUUUAUUCCUAAAUGCACAAAAGAGACUAAACUAAUAAUUAAAUGCAUAAAUAGGACCAUGAUAUUUAUCUUCCCAAAAUAACACUAAAGUAUACUCUAUGUUCGUAUUCUACCCUUACCAUAAGUGUAAACACAUAAAAACUAUAAUAAAAUCAUAAAAAUUAAAAAUAUUAAAAAAAUUAAAAAUUAAAAAAAUCUCAAAUAAAUAAAAACAGAUCAAAACAUAAAAAAUGGAAACCUUUCCCGCAAUCCCUGUCACCUCCUAUCGACGAAAAAAUGUAAUUAUGUUUUAAAAAGGACACUUUUUCUCUGAAAAAUGAUAGGAAGAUGACAUUAUUACUCUUUGGAAAUGCCAAAACUUUCUCUAAACUUGCCACAAGAUAUGACAUUACUGACACAAGUUGGCAUUGUGUUUCGGUGGUCAGACCUAAUGAUGCUGGAAGGUGGUUGAGGCGGCAAUAGAGGCCUGCAUUUUGCGUUUUUAAUUUUUUUUUAAAUUUUGUUAUGCGUUUUUUGUAGGACUAAAGAUUCCCUAAAAUGCACAAAUAGAACUACUACAUUUUAAACCCCCUCAAAUAGGACUAAAUAUUGCUUUCUACCCAAGAUACCCCUAUGGGUAUUAAUUCAUCAUGAAAUGUGUUAAUUCCUAAUAAAAUCUUAAAAAAUAAUAAUAAUUGCAAAUACAUUAAACAAUGGAAAAAAUAUAUUAAAAAUCGUAAAAAAAAUUAAAAAAUAUUAAAAUUAAUAAAAAAAAUUGAUUUUUUUAAAUUAAUAAAAAUAGUAAAAACCCAUAAAAAUAGAUACUUUUCCCAUCGCCUCCCAGCACCACCACCUUCGAUCAGUGAAAAUUCUUUCACUUUUGGUAAUAAAUGCCAAGAAAAUGGCAUUAUUACACUUCAUAAUGCCAAAAUUCUCGUUGAACCUGCCAUUAUGAUGGUAUUACUAAAAAUGUUGGCAGAUUUCCAACCGGUGAUGGGAGCUGGUGGUGCUAGGGGGUGGCAGAGCCGGUGAUUUUUUUCGUUUUUUUUUUUAAUUUUUUAUGUCAUAAAUAUUUUAUAAAUAUUUCAUUAUUUUUUAAGUUUUUUAUUACCUUUAUUAUUAUUUUUUAUGAUUUUCUAAUUAUUAAUUAAGAUAUUUCAAAAGCUACAAGGAUAUAUUUGUCCAAUCACACAUAAAUAGUCCUACUAGGGGAGAUUAAAAAAAUGUAGUCCUAUUUUUGUUCUUUGG